AUGGAGCAAACAGUGCUUGUACCACCAGGACCUGACAGCUUCAACUUCUUCACCAGAGAAUCUCUUGCGGCUAUUGAAAGACGCAUUGCAGAAGAAAAGGCUAAGAAUCCCAAACCAGACAAGAAAGAUGAUGAUGAAAAUGGCCCAAAGCCAAAUAGUGACUUGGAAGCUGGAAAGAACCUUCCUUUUAUUUAUGGAGACAUCCCUCCAGAGAUGGUGUCAGAGCCGCUGGAGGACCUGGACCCGUACUAUAUCAAUAAAAAAACUUUUAUAGUAUUGAAUAAAGGGAAGGCCAUCUUCCGGUUCAGUGCCACCUCUGCCCUGUACAUUUUAACUCCCUUCAAUCCUCUUAGGAAGAUAGCUAUUAAGAUUUUGGUACAUUCAUUAUUCAGCAUGCUAAUUAUGUGCACUAUUUUGACGAACUGUGUGUUUAUGACAAUGAGUAACCCUCCUGACUGGACAAAGAAUGUAGAGUAUACCUUCACAGGAAUAUAUACUUUUGAAUCACUUAUAAAAAUUAUUGCAAGGGGCUUCUGUUUAGAAGAUUUUACUUUCCUUCGAGACCCAUGGAACUGGCUCGACUUUACUGUCAUUACAUUUGCAUACGUGACAGAGUUUGUGGACCUGGGCAAUGUCUCAGCGUUGAGAACAUUCAGAGUUCUCCGAGCACUGAAAACAAUCUCAGUCAUUCCAGGCCUGAAGACUAUCGUGGGGGCCCUGAUCCAGUCGGUGAAGAAGCUCUCUGACGUCAUGAUCCUGACUGUGUUCUGUCUGAGCGUGUUUGCGCUGAUUGGGCUGCAACUCUUCAUGGGGAACCUGCGGAACAAAUGUGUGCAGUGGCCGCCCACCAAUGCCUCCCUGGAAGAACAUAGUAUAGAGAGGAAUAUAACUGUGAAUUACAACGGCACACUUGUAAAUGAAACUCUCAUUGAGUUUGACUGGAAAUCAUAUAUUCAAGAUUCAAGAUAUCAUUAUUUUCUGGAGGGUUUUUUAGAUGCACUGCUAUGUGGAAAUAGCUCUGAUGCAGGCCAAUGUCCAGAAGGAUACAUGUGUGUGAAAGCUGGUAGAAAUCCCAAUUAUGGCUACACAAGCUUUGAUACUUUCAGUUGGGCUUUUUUGUCCCUGUUCCGACUGAUGACUCAGGACUUCUGGGAAAAUCUUUACCAACUGACAUUACGUGCUGCUGGAAAAACAUACAUGAUAUUUUUUGUGCUAGUCAUUUUCUUGGGUUCAUUCUAUCUGAUAAAUUUGAUCCUGGCUGUGGUGGCCAUGGCCUAUGAGGAACAGAAUCAGGCCACCUUGGAAGAGGCAGAACAAAAAGAGGCUGAAUUUCAGCAGAUGCUUGAACAGCUUAAAAAGCAACAGGAGGCAGCUCAGCAGGCAGCAGCUGUAACCACCUCCGAGCAUUCCAGAGAACCCAGUGCAGCAGGUGGGCUCUCAGACAGCUCAUCCGAAGUCUCCAAGUUGAGUUCCAAGAGUGCUAAGGAAAGAAGAAAUCGGCGAAAGAAAAGAAAACAGAAAGAGCAGUCUGGUGGAGAAGAGAAAGAUGAGGAUGAAUUCCACAAAUCUGAAUCUGAAGACAGCAUCCGGAGGAAAGGGUUUCGCUUCUCUAUCGAAGGGAAUCGGUUGACGUAUGAAAAGAGGUACUCCUCCCCGCACCAGUCUUUGUUGAGCAUACGGGGCUCCCUAUUUUCGCCAAGGCGAAAUAGCAGAACAAGUCUUUUCAGCUUUAGAGGGCGAGCAAAGGAUAUGGGAUCAGAAAAUGAUUUUGCUGAUGACGAGCACAGCACCUUUGAGGAUAACGAGAGCCGGAGAGACUCCUUAUUUGUGCCCCGACGACAUGGAGAGCGACGCAACAGUAACCUAAGUCAGACCAGUAGGUCGUCCCGGAUGCUGGCAGUGUUUCCAGCGAAUGGGAAGAUGCACAGCACUGUGGAUUGCAAUGGUGUGGUUUCCUUGGUUGGUGGACCUUCGGUUCCUACAUCGCCUGUUGGACAGCUUCUGCCAGAGGUGAUAAUAGAUAAGCCAGCUACUGAUGACAAUGGAACAACCACUGAAACUGAAAUGAGAAAGAGAAGAUCAAGUUCUUUCCAUGUUUCCAUGGACUUUCUAGAAGAUCCUUCCCAAAGACAGAGAGCAAUGAGUAUAGCCAGCAUUUUAACAAAUACAGUGGAAGAACUGGAAGAAUCCAGACAGAAAUGCCCACCCUGUUGGUAUAAAUUUUCCAACAUAUUCUUAAUCUGGGACUGUUCACCAUAUUGGUUAAAAGUGAAACAUAUUGUCAACUUGGUUGUGAUGGACCCAUUUGUGGACCUGGCCAUCACCAUCUGUAUUGUCUUAAAUACUCUUUUCAUGGCCAUGGAGCACUAUCCCAUGACAGAACAUUUCAAUAAUGUGCUUACAGUAGGAAACUUGGUUUUCACUGGGAUCUUUACAGCAGAAAUGUUUCUGAAAAUUAUUGCCAUGGAUCCUUACUAUUAUUUCCAAGAAGGCUGGAAUAUCUUUGAUGGUUUUAUUGUGACGCUUAGCCUGGUAGAACUUGGCCUCGCCAAUGUGGAAGGAUUAUCAGUUCUUCGUUCAUUCCGAUUGCUCCGAGUUUUCAAGUUGGCAAAAUCUUGGCCAACAUUAAAUAUGCUGAUAAAGAUCAUUGGCAAUUCAGUGGGGGCUCUGGGAAAUCUAACUUUGGUGUUGGCCAUCAUAGUCUUCAUUUUUGCCGUGGUUGGCAUGCAGCUCUUUGGUAAAAGCUACAAAGAUUGUGUCUGCAAGAUCGCCGGCAACUGUGAGCUCCCCCGCUGGCACAUGAAUGACUUUUUCCACUCCUUCCUGAUUGUGUUCCGUGUGCUGUGUGGAGAGUGGAUAGAGACUAUGUGGGACUGUAUGGAGGUUGCUGGUCAAGCCAUGUGCCUUACUGUCUUCAUGAUGGUCAUGGUGAUUGGAAACCUAGUGGUCCUGAACCUCUUUCUGGCCUUGCUUCUGAGCUCAUUUAGUGCAGACAACCUUGCAGCCACUGACGAUGAUAAUGAAAUGAACAAUCUCCAAAUUGCUGUGGAUAGGAUGCACAAGGGAAUAGCUUAUGUGAAGAGAAAAAUAUAUGAAUUUAUUCAACAAGCCUUUGUUAGAAAACAAAAGAUUUUAGAUGAAAUUAAACCACUUGAUGACCUAAACAACAAGAAAGACAAUUGUAUGUCCAAUCAUACCACAGAAAUUGGAAAAGAUCUUGACUAUCUUAAAGAUGUAAAUGGAACCACAAGUGGGAUAGGAACUGGCAGCAGUGUUGAAAAAUACAUUAUUGAUGAAAGUGAUUACAUGUCAUUCAUAAACAAUCCCAGUCUUACUGUGACUGUACCAAUUGCUGUAGGAGAGUCUGACUUUGAAAAUUUAAACACAGAGGACUUCAGUAGUGAAUCAGAUCUGGAAGAAAGCAAAGAGAAACUUAAUGAAAGCAGCAGCUCAUCUGAAGGCAGCACUGUAGACAUUGGCGCACCUGCGGAAGAACAGCCGGUAGUGGAACCUGAGGAAACCCUUGAACCUGAAGCAUGUUUCACUGAAGGCUGUGUACAAAGAUUCAAAUGCUGUCAAAUCAGUGUGGAAGAAGGGAGGGGAAAACAAUGGUGGAACUUGAGAAGAACGUGUUUCCGAAUAGUUGAACAUAACUGGUUUGAGACCUUCAUUGUUUUCAUGAUUCUCCUUAGUAGUGGUGCUCUGGCAUUUGAAGAUAUAUAUAUUGAUCAGCGAAAGACGAUUAAGACAAUGUUGGAAUACGCUGACAAGGUUUUCACCUACAUUUUCAUUCUGGAAAUGCUUCUGAAAUGGGUGGCAUAUGGCUAUCAAACAUAUUUCACCAAUGCCUGGUGUUGGCUGGACUUCUUAAUUGUUGAUGUCUCAUUGGUCAGUUUAACAGCGAAUGCCUUGGGUUACUCAGAACUUGGCGCCAUCAAAUCUCUCAGGACGCUAAGAGCUCUGAGACCUCUAAGAGCCUUAUCACGAUUUGAAGGGAUGAGGGUGGUUGUGAAUGCCCUUUUAGGAGCAAUUCCAUCCAUCAUGAAUGUGCUUCUGGUUUGUCUUAUAUUCUGGCUAAUUUUCAGCAUCAUGGGUGUAAAUUUGUUUGCUGGCAAAUUCUACCACUGUAUUAACACCACAACUGGUGACAGGUUUGACAUCAGCGAAGUGAAUAAUCAUUCUGAUUGCCUACAACUAAUAGAAAGAAAUGAGACUGCCCGAUGGAAAAAUGUGAAAGUAAACUUCGAUAAUGUAGGAUUCGGGUAUCUCUCUUUGCUUCAAGUUGCCACAUUUAAGGGAUGGAUGGAUAUAAUGUAUGCAGCAGUCGAUUCCAGAAAUGUGGAACUCCAGCCUAAGUAUGAGGAAAGUCUAUACAUGUAUCUUUACUUUGUUAUUUUCAUCAUCUUUGGGUCCUUCUUCACCUUGAACCUGUUUAUUGGUGUCAUCAUAGAUAAUUUCAACCAGCAAAAAAAGAAGUUUGGAGGUCAAGACAUCUUUAUGACAGAAGAACAGAAGAAAUACUAUAAUGCAAUGAAAAAAUUAGGAUCGAAAAAGCCGCAAAAGCCUAUACCUCGACCAGGAAACAAAUUUCAAGGAAUGGUCUUUGACUUUGUAACCAGACAAGUUUUUGACAUAAGCAUCAUGAUUCUCAUCUGUCUUAACAUGGUCACGAUGAUGGUAGAAACAGAUGACCAGAGUGAAUAUGUGACCAACAUUUUGUCACGCAUCAACCUGGUGUUUAUUGUGCUGUUCACUGGAGAGUGUGUGCUGAAACUCAUCUCCCUCCGCCAUUAUUAUUUUACCAUAGGCUGGAAUAUUUUUGAUUUUGUGGUUGUCAUUCUCUCCAUUGUAGGCAUGUUUCUGGCUGAGCUGAUAGAGAAAUAUUUUGUGUCCCCGACCCUGUUCCGAGUGAUCCGUCUUGCCAGGAUUGGUCGAAUCUUGCGUCUGAUCAAAGGGGCUAAGGGGAUCCGCACGCUGCUCUUUGCUCUGAUGAUGUCCCUUCCUGCGUUGUUUAACAUCGGCCUCCUGCUCUUCCUGGUCAUGUUCAUCUACGCCAUCUUUGGAAUGUCCAACUUUGCCUAUGUUAAGAGGGAAGUUGGAAUUGAUGACAUGUUCAACUUUGAGACCUUUGGCAACAGCAUGAUCUGCCUGUUCCAAAUUACCACCUCUGCUGGCUGGGAUGGAUUGCUAGCACCUAUUCUCAACAGUAAACCACCCGAUUGUGACCCUAAUAAAGUUAACCCUGGAAGCUCAGUUAAGGGAGACUGUGGGAACCCAUCUGUUGGGAUUUUCUUUUUUGUCAGUUACAUCAUCAUAUCUUUUCUGGUUGUGGUGAACAUGUACAUCGCUGUCAUCCUGGAGAACUUCAGUGUUGCUACUGAAGAGAGUGCAGAGCCCCUGAGUGAGGAUGACUUUGAGAUGUUCUACGAGGUUUGGGAGAAGUUUGAUCCUGAUGCGACCCAGUUCAUGGAAUUUGAAAAACUAUCUCAGUUUGCAGCUGCUCUUGAACCCCCCCUCAAUCUGCCACAACCGAACAAACUUCAGCUCAUUGCCAUGGAUCUGCCCAUGGUCAGUGGGGACCGGAUCCACUGCCUUGACAUCUUAUUUGCUUUUACAAAGCGGGUUCUGGGGGAGAGUGGAGAGAUGGAUGCUCUUCGAAUACAGAUGGAAGAGCGGUUCAUGGCUUCCAAUCCUUCAAAGGUCUCCUAUCAGCCAAUAACUACGACUUUAAAACGAAAACAAGAGGAGGUGUCUGCUGUCAUUAUUCAACGUGCUUACAGGCGCCACCUUUUAAAGCGAACUGUAAAACAAGCUUCAUUUACAUAUAAUAAAAAUAAAAUCAAAGGUGGGGCUAAUCUUCUUGUAAAAGAAGACAUGAUAAUUGACAGAAUAAAUGAAAACUCUAUUACAGAAAAAACUGAUCUGACCAUGUCCACAGCAGCUUGUCCACCCUCCUAUGAUCGGGUAACAAAGCCAAUCGUGGAAAAACAUGAGCAAGAAGGCAAAGAUGAGAAAGCCAAAGGGAAAUAA